CAGGCUGCUGGAGAUGUUCGCCGAGCGGCCGCUGGGCCAGCGAGCGCUGCACGCCGUGGGCGACGCCAUGUGGGCUGCUGAGCGGGCCACCAUCUGGGCUGGGUCUGCCACGGCUGACUUCGCAGAUCGUCAGCCAGUACCUUUCGCGUGGUACCUCAUGAUGCCUAUAGUUACGAUGCUGGUUGUCAUCAGGACCGGAGCUUCUGUCGCAGAAACGUACCUCGACGUCCAGAUUCCGGACAACAGGGCACUGGUGAGCUGGCUUGAAACACAGCGCAACAACCUGGAACAACUUCAGACUUCAACAAUGGGAAAUAUUCGCACCCAGUGUGUCAACGAAGGUGUCCCCUUGCAGAGGUUGAUGAACACGUGGCCCUUCAACAUCGUGAACAGCGCAGCGCAACUACUUGGAAUCGUACCGAUGAGAGCUGAUCAGCAACCAUCAGAAGCCGAAUCAACACGUAUGCCUCAUCAGGAACCUGUGGAGAGCUCCUCCCAGUCAGAUACGUUGACCCAGAUUAAGACAGAGGAACACGCAGCACCCAGUUCGAGAGAGGCUGAAGAACCGCGAACGAUCGCUGCAGAGGAAGCAGAACGGGCAGCGAGGACCAUAGUGCAGCCACAGACGUCGGCCCCUCCGGAACACCUUCUGUCUGCUGAGGCAUCGGACAGGGCGGUCAUGGACGUGGUUCCUCCACCACAACCAGCGGUCCCAUCUGUGUCCUCAGAGGAGCUGCUGGCUGCCGAGGGCGAUUCUGGAUCCGAGCCUGGAGUGAGCAGGAGAAAGAGGAGAAAAGCAAGCUCCAAAGCCACGAAGGCGUCGCUUCUCCUCAAUCUGUUCGGGCCAAAGAUAUUUUAAAUUAUCUUUGUAUACGAUUAUGCCGGUGUUAAUGAGAAAGUAUAAAUAAGAAAUUGUAUUAGCUUCCGACUAGAUCAUAAUAUUCAGAAAAAAUAAUCUUCAGGUUUAUGGAAAUUAAUUUCAAUAUACCAAGUACAUGUUCAGUGAUGUCUAUACUUGGGUAUUGUAGUUUUAUACUCAAGCUUGAUUUCGAAUUUGGGUAAACCAAGAAAACAUAAAUUUUAAAAUCUUUUUAUUGUACGGUACACAUUUGAUGUAUUGC